AUGACGGCCUCUGUCACCCACUGUCCUCCCAUCCGGCCUUCUCUCGCCUCUCUUCAUGUUGUAACCCAAAUUGCCCUGAGCCAUCAGCUCCUCGUCUGUCUUACAGACACCGAUGGCAACGGGUACAUCAGCUGCAAUGAACUGAAUGACUUGUUCAAGGCUGCCUGCUUGCCUCUGCCUGGGUACAGGGUGAGAGAAAUUACAGAAAACCUGAUGGCCACGGGUGACCUGGACCAGGAUGGGAAGAUCAGCUUUGAUGAGUUUAUCAAGGUUUUUCAUGGCCUGAAAAGCACAGAGGUUGCCAAGACCUUUAGAAAAGCCAUCAACAAGAAGGAAGGGAUUUGUGCGAUCGGGGGCACUUCCGAGCAGUCUAGUGUUGGCACUCAACACUCCUACUCAGAGGAAGAGAAGUAUGCCUUUGUCAACUGGGUAAACAAAGCCCUGGAAAAUGACCCCGAUUGUCGGCACGUCAUCCCAAUGGAUCCUAACACCAAUGAUCUCUUCAGUGCUGUUGGAGAUGGCAUCGUGCUUUGUAAAAUGAUCAAUCUGUCAGUGCCGGACACAAUUGAUGAGAGGACAAUCAACAAAAAGAAACUCACCCCUUUCACCAUUCAGGAAAAUUUGAACCUGGCUCUGAACUCUGCCUCAGCCAUUGGGUGCCACGUGGUUAAUAUCGGCGCUGAGGACUUAAAGGAGGGGAAGCCUUACCUGGUCCUGGGGCUGUUGUGGCAGGUCAUCAAGAUCGGGUUAUUUGCCGACAUCGAGCUCAGCAGAAAUGAAGCGCUGGCUGCUCUUCUGAGAGAAGGGGAGAGCCUGGAGGACCUGAUGAAACUCUCUCCGGAGGAGCUCCUGCUGAGAUGGGCUAACUACCACCUGGAAAAUGCAGGCUGCAACAAAAUCAACAACUUCAGCAGCGACAUCAAGGACUCGAAAGCUUAUUACCACCUGCUUGAACAGGUGGCUCCAAAAGGAGAUGAAGAAGGUAUUCCUGCUGUUGUUAUUGACAUGUCAGGACUGAGGGAGAAGGACGACAUCCAGAGGGCAGAAUGCAUGUUGCAGCAGGCGGAGAGGCUGGGCUGCCGCCAGUUUGUCACAGCCACGGAUGUUGUCCGAGGGAACCCCAAGCUGAACUUGGCUUUUAUUGCCAACCUCUUUAACAAAUACCCUGCCCUGCACAAGCCUGAGAACCAGGACAUCGACUGGGGGGCUCUUGAAGGUGAGACGAGAGAAGAAAGGACGUUUAGGAACUGGAUGAACUCCUUGGGUGUAAACCCACGAGUCAACCACUUGUACAGUGACUUAUCAGAUGCCCUGGUCAUCUUCCAGCUCUAUGAAAAGAUUAAAGUCCCUGUUGAUUGGAACAGAGUAAACAAACCACCAUACCCCAAACUGGGGGGUAACAUGAAGAAGCUUGAGAAUUGUAACUAUGCAGUGGAACUGGGGAAGAAUCAAGCAAAGUUCUCCCUGGUUGGCAUUGGUGGACAAGAUCUCAAUGAAGGAAACCGCACCCUAACGUUGGCCUUGGUCUGGCAGUUAAUGAGAAGGUACACACUGAAUAUUCUUGAAGAAAUUGGAGGUGGGCAGAAGGUCAAUGAUGACACUAUUGUCAGCUGGGUGAAUGAAACAUUGAAGGAAGCGGAGAAGAAUUCAUCCAUCUCUAGUUUCAAGGACCCGAAGAUCAGCACAAGCCUGCCAGUCCUUGACCUCAUCGAUGCCAUUCAGCCAGGUUCCAUUAACUAUGACCUUCUGAAGACGGAGAACCUGGACGAAGAAGAGAAACUCAACAACGCAAAGUAUGCCAUCUCUAUGGCCCGAAAAAUUGGAGCGAGAGUGUAUGCGCUUCCAGAAGACUUGGUGGAAGUGAACCCCAAGAUGGUCAUGACCGUGUUCGCUUGCCUCAUGGGGAAAGGAAUGAAGAGGGUGUAAGGCCCAGCGGGCGGGCCGGGGGGGUGUGCGCGGGUCUCUGGCUGCUCAGGGCCGGGUGCUCCCAGGAAACACGGGAGGAGUCAGCCAUUCCAAAGUUUCAACUUGAUGACAUUAUACACGGUUCCAAAAAAAAAAAAUGUAUGUCUGUUCAGCCAAGUAGCCUUCGUGUAUUUAACAAAAAGUGCUUUAUUCUUUGCAAAAGACCCAGUCUCUUACAAAUAUUUUUUUAUCUUUGAAUUGAUUGCUUCUUUGAAAAUGUAGAGAAAAAGAGAUCUUACUUCCCAGGCACCAUUCCUGCCUUUGCUAUGCAGUCAGGUAUAGAAGCCUCAAAUGUAGUUCAUUUUAACAUAAUCUUUCAAACCA